UGCGCAGCCCCAGUUGACUUGCCCUUUCCCCUCUUCUAGCCAGUUCUAUCCCAAUCCAUCCCCCAUCGAUCCCUAUUCAUCUCUUCUUCCCUAGCUAGCUACUUGUUGAAAUUCCUGUUUAGUUUGUGCAGAUCAUCAUAUGCAUAUUGUUGCUCAAUAUAGGAUAGGGUUCGCGAGAUGUUCCCAGAUGCCGGUGCAAGCCCAUACUUCCUACAAAACCAGCAGCAGCUCUUCCAUGGAAUGAAUGGCAUCGGGGUGGACGCCGCCUUCCCCGGAGACGGCGGAGGGCUGGCGGUGCCCGACAGUACCCACCGCAGCACCCUGCUGUACAACCUGUCCGUGCUCAAGGACAAGGUGCAGCAGCUGGAGCCGCUCGUCGGCCACGGCCACGUCGUCGACCCCGUGGUGCCCGGAGCCAGCGCCGUCGUCCAGGAGAUCAUCGCCGCGGCUACAUCCAUGCUGUACGCCCUGCAGCACCCUUACGUCCUCGGCGCGUUGACAACAUCCGGUAAUCAUGCGGCCACGCCGGAGGGUGUGGUCGACGGCCAUGCAAAGAACGGCGCAGCGGAUGAUGACCAAGACCAGCAGGCCAUGGUGGAUGCCAUGCAGCUGUGGCAGCAGCAGCACCAUGGCGGCGGGCACGACAUCCCCGGAAAGUCCACGGAGGCGGCCGCCGUGUCAUCGUCGACGCAAGCGACGACGGCGGUGGACACGGCGAUCAUCGAGCUAGACGCGGCCGAGCUGCUGGCCAAGUACACGCACUACUGCCAGGUGUGCGGCAAGGGGUUCAAGCGCGACGCCAACCUGCGCAUGCACAUGCGCGCGCACGGCGACGAGUACAAGAGCAAGGCGGCGCUCGCCAACCCGACCACCAGGCUGUUCGCGACCUCCGGCGAGGACGCCGCCGCCGGGAGACCAAGGAACAGCAAGUACUCGUGCCCGCAGGACGGGUGCCGGUGGAACCGGAGGCACGCCAAGUUCCAGCCGCUCAAGUCGGUCAUCUGCGCCAAGAACCACUACAAGCGCAGCCACUGCCCCAAGAUGUACGUCUGCAACCGCUGCAACCGCAAGCACUUCUCCGUCCUCUCCGACCUCCGCACCCACGAGAAGCACUGCGGCGACCACCGCUGGAUAUGCUCCUGCGGCACCACCUUCUCCCGCAAGGACAAGCUCGCCGGCCAUGUCUCCCUCUUCGCAGGCCACCAGCCCGUCGCGCCGCUCGCUCCCGGCAGCGGCAGGCACGGCAAGAGAUCCUCGUUAUUGUCCACGUCCUCCGACGACCUUGCUGGAAACUGCACCAACACCGGCUUCUCCAUUACUCCUACUACAUGACAUGCAUUGUGCAAAUGUGGCCUCCCGUUCAUCUAGAAAAUAUUGUGCAAAUGUGAUAUUGGUACACGUACGUACGUGAGCCCAUCAAACUGUAGAUAUAGUGGGGCUUGGUUACACUAUGGAUUGUUUUGGAAAAUAGGGCUACCAUGCCCUGGAAAUAGGGCAUUCAUACGUCUAAAGUUUUCUCUCUCUUCUUUUGUAGUAUGUCAACUAGCCAUACUCAUGCAUGCGUUG